AUGUGGCCUUGUUUAUUGGCGGCCUUCAUAUUUAGUGUACUGUUAUCGAUAUACUCGGUGAACUUAUUUAGCAAUAUCCUCAAUAACCCGCCACUAUUGUCAUUUAUUUUGGUUCUUGCUUUAUACAUCCCAUUUUCCAGUAUCUUCUUGUUGCCAAUUGAUUUAAUAUCUUCUUCUUUGGAGACACCAGGCCUGCACAAUUUUUUCUAUGUUGAAUCUAAGACUUUGAUCCUAAAUCUUUGGAGAUUUAAUUAUUGGUUAGGGUUUGUUAUGACAUGGAUGGUCUUGCCAUUGAUUCAAUGUUAUUUUUCAUCGAAUAAUUUCAUAUUCAAGAAGAGACUUCAUGAUUCUAUCAUUUACAAUUUAAAGUUUUACCUGGUGUAUGUUCUUGUGGGUAUAAUUGGGAUUGUUUAUGUGUAUUUCAAUAUUGGCUUGACCUUCACUUCCAUUAAGGCGUUGAUAAUUAUCAUGUCACACAGUUAUUCGUUGAUUUUGGCAAUCUGGUUCAUGGGUUAUGGAUUAGUGAACCUUCCUAAGACGAUUUUCUGGAAUAGCUUCAUCAUCAGAUUGAAUGAUCGAUAUUUAGUGAACCAUUAUUUCUUGAAGCUUUUGAAUUUGAAAGAUGAAUAUCAUGAUUCAAAGACGAACUUCAAUCAGAUCACUUCUUUGAUAAAGAAUCUCCAUUCGAUUAUUGACGUGCAAAAUAAUGAAUACCAUAAACAAUGGAUCGAGUACUUAUACUCAUCGGUUAAUAAUCUGUUGAAGUAUAAUAAUAAUAAUAAUAUCAAUGCUAAUAGCAUGGAUCAACAUACCAUAAGUUUGCAAAGCAAUUUAAAUAAUUAUAAUAAUCGCUUUAAUCAGGAAAUGGUGCUUGUCAACAAUCAAUUAUCAGACGAAUUUUUGAUUGGCAUAACUAAAAAUUUUAAGGACUCCUAUUAUCAAUAUCUUAUAAAUGAAUCGUUAUAUUAUGCAUUGAUUAAAAAAGUGAUAAAAAUCCAAGACAUCAAAAAUUCACGAACCACUCACACUUUGACAUUCAGGACCCCUAAUAAAACCCACCUGAAAUUUUCUAUCAAUCAUUUGAUAAAUAAGGUGUUGUUCAAAUCUGCAAGCUCGAAAUACUGGUACUAUUAUUAUUUGAACCCAUUUAGUUUGAAACUUUAUGGACUAUUAUUAUCCUCAUUAUCCAUCCUCAUUGCUAUGUCUGAGGUGUUCCACAAUACAAAACUUUCAUUAAUUAACAUUAUAGUUUUCCGUCACGAUGCUAAUAAUAACGAAUUGAUUACCACAAUGUUCAUUUUGGUUUUAUUGAGCUUCAUGAGUUUUGCAGCGUUAAUUUCUCUUUCUAAAACAAAGAUAUUCACGAUCUAUAAAUUAAUCCACAAGAACUCCAACCCUUCAAGCUGUGUUUGGUAUUCCUCUUAUGCGAUUAGAUUAACCAUCCCAUUAUGCUACAAUUUCCUUACAUUAUUGAAUGGACAGAUUUUAUCCAAUAGCGAUGAUAAUGGUGCUCAAUCAUUGGCGUCAAAAUUUCAAAAGUCUCAGUUCGCCUUGUUUUUGGGUAACUCAAUUAAUCUUAUCGGUAUUGGUCAGUCUAUCAAUAACAUCUUACCUUAUUUUGUGUUGGUGCCAAUCAUUAUUCAAUUUUAUAAAAUCCAGAACUCACAUUCUAAGGUAAACAAGAGCAUAAAUGUCAAUGGAACUGUAUCACAAAAUUCUAGUUUUAAUAGGCUUCGGAGGAAAGUUUCUGGAAUUAUCGAAGACUUUGAGUUUUUGUUGUUUGAUGACAUGGAUGAUGAUUAUGAAGAUGAUGAAGAUUACGACCAUGAGCUGAACCGUGCGGCGUAUAGUAAUACCAAUUCUGAUGAGGGACAGACAUUCGGAAACUAUGGCGAUGGCUCAUCCUCUUCUUCUUCUAGGUUGUUAAACUCUUUACAGGCAUCUGGGCCUCAAUGUUCCCGAAAGGCACAAUUGAUAAUCUCCAGAGUGGAUGUUUUGAUAAACUAUGAAUUGACCAACGCCAGGUCGUUAUUAAACACUUAUGACGAUAACUACAGUAUUUUUUAUAAUUUCUCCCUUAGACACUACUUAAAGCUAUUGUUCAAGAGAGCUGAGUCGUUCAGAAAUGGAGGCGAUGGUGUUACAAUAGAUGGAGGAUUGGGAUUAUUAGAUGGUGAUGGGUAUGAUGAUGAUGCACACGGAGAGAUUGCAUUGAGAGGUGAUUAUGACUUAGAGUUUGAAUUUAGCGGGGAAGAUGAAGAGGAAGAAAUUAGCAACGAAUUCAAUAACGAAUGGAGAUAG